AUGCUGAAACCUGUGAAACUCUCACACGCUCUCUGUCUGAGUCAUGAUGAUGAAUCUGUGAACUGGCAGCACGACUACAAGCCCUCUUGUGUCUUUCACUCUAAGGACAUUGCCUUGAGAUGGGAGGUCUCUGCUGGUACUCAUCCCAGUUAUGCUUCUCUCAUAAUGGCUCAGGCAUUCGGUCAGGCGUACACCAACCAGCGUAAAGUAGCCGAGGAUGGUGAGACAAACGAAGAGACAUUGUUGCAGGAAUCUGCCUCCAAAGAGGCCUAUUUUAUGGAACGUCUGGUGGACCUUCAAACCCAGCUCAACCUGAGCAGCUCCGUGGCCUCCAGCGCCCAAGUGGAGACUGAACAUCUCAACGCCCUGGUGCAGGAACUCAGAGAGAAUAAUGAGAUGUUAGAGCUACAAAGGAACAGGAUGAGAGAGGAAAUCAGAGAGUAUAAGUUCAGAGAGACCAGACUGCUGCAGGACUACACUGAACUGGAGGAGGAGAACAUUACUCUACAGAAACUAGUGUCAACACUCAAACAGAAUCAGGUGGAAUAUGAGGGUCUAAAGCAUGAAAUCAAAGUGCUUGAGGAAGAGACGGUGCUACUCAACAGCCAGCUGGAAGAUGCUUUGCGUUUGAAAGACAUUUCUGAAGGCCAGUUAGAAGAGGCGUUGGAUGCUCUGAAGAGUGAGAGAGAGCAGAAGAACAAUCUGAGAAAGGAGCUGGCCCAUCAUCUCAGCCUGACGGACAGUGUGUAUGGAGCCAGCACCCACCUGGCCAUCUCUGCCGUGGAGGGUUUGAAGUUUGCAGAGGAGGCAGCAACCAACGGCACGUCUGCAUCUGGGUCUAACCCCUACAAUGAUGACCGUAACCGCUGUAAUGAGUGCAAUGGGCAUGGACCAAAGGUGAACGGAGAAUAUCACCAACCUGGAGGCAGGAAGGGAGAGGUGCUGCACCCAGUGUCUGAUCUCUUCAGUGAACUCCACCUGUCUGAGAUACAGAAACUCAAACAACAGCUCCUACAGGUUGAGCGAGAGAAGGCGGUUAUACUUACCAACCUGCAGGAGUCUCAAACUCAACUGCAGCACACGCAGGGAGCUUUAACUGAGCAGCACAAACGCGUUCACCGCCUUACGGAGCGCUUCAACGCUAUGAAGCGCCUCUACAGUGACAAGGAGUUUGAUACGGAGGAGUCAGAGAAGAAUGAAGUGCCCAUUAACGGUUGCUGCGAUUAUGAGGCAGACAUCAAUGGAAUGGAGCUUCUGGAGUGCAAAUACAGAGUUGCCGUGACUGAAGUCAUUGACUUGAAGGCGGAGCUUAAGGCUUUGAAGGAAAAAUAUAACCAGUCUGUGGAGAACCAAUCAGAAGAGAGCAACCACAGCGAAGGGAAGGUCCAGGCUCUCGAAGAACAAGUGAAACGGUUGGAGAAAGCCUGGCACGAGGGCCGCGAGCGGGUUAGCAGUCUGGAAGCGGAGCUCCGGUGUGCUUCUGUUAUGGCUAGCGAAAGUAACAGCAUGCUGAACACAGCUCAGGACGAGCUGGUUACAUUUAGCGAGGAACUCGCUCAGCUUUACCACCAUGUCUGCUUGUGCAACAAUGAAACUCCGAACCGUGUCAUGCUGGACUACUACCGUCAGAGCCGGGUCACACGUAGCGGCAGUCUCAAAGGCCCAGAGGACCCAAGAGCCCUGCUUUCUCCACGUUUAGCUCGCCGAAUCGCGGCUGCUAACUCCUCAGACGUGUCCAAGAGUCCUCAAGACUCUCCAUCAAAGGAACCCCUUGGAGAAGGAACUAAAGGGGAAGGAGGAAGCCCCAACAAAACACUGUUUGGUUCACCAAUCAAUGGUUCAUCUCUCUCACCCUCCCCAGUGCCAGAAACAGGUGAUCUCCGCCGUGAACCCAUGAACAUCUAUAACCUCAACGCCAUCAUCCGUGACCAGAUCAAACACCUGCAGAAAGCUGUGGACCGCUCGCUCCAGCUGUCCAGGCAGAGGGCUGCGGCACGAGAGUUGGCACCCAUCCUCGAUAAGGACAAAGAGGUCUGCUUGGAGGAGAUCCUAAAACUCAAAUCCCUCUUGAGCACCAAAAGAGAGCAGAUUGCUACAUUGCGUCUUGUCCUGAAAGCCAACAAACAGACUGCUGAGGUGGCCCUUGCAAACCUGAAGAGUAAAUAUGAAAAUGAGAAGUCUAUGGUGACGGAGACAAUGAUGAAGCUUAGAAAUGAACUAAAGGCCCUCAAAGAAGAUGCAGCCACCUUUUCCUCACUGAGGGCAAUGUUUGCCACAAGAUGUGAUGAGUACGUAACUCAGCUGGAUGAGAUGCAGAGGCAGCUGGCUGCCGCAGAAGAUGAAAAGAAGACUCUGAACUCCCUCCUGCGAAUGGCCAUUCAGCAGAAACUGGCCCUCACCCAGCGCCUGGAGGACCUAGAGUUUGACCAUGAGCAGUCGCACUGUGGCCGUGGAGGGAAAGUGCCAAAAAUUAAGAGCAGCCCUCAAAAAUCCUGUGUUGUUAGCUCUUCAAGAGGACCUGAUGGCCAACUCCAGAUUUCCAUGUGAUCCUUUCAACUGUCUGGCCCAUCAUUCUUAUUUUUUUGGCCCUUAGCCUGUUGUUGGACUCCUCACAGAGACAGAUGAAGGGGGCGGGGCACAUCAGUCAAUCAUGACCUCCAGCCAAUCAGAUGCUCCAGAGGGGCCCGCCCUAAUUUCCCGCCCAUUCACUGAAAUUGGAUGAAUUAUUCAGUGAUGCAUAUUGUAAGUACUAAUUAUCAUCUUGAGUGAGAUGAGAGCAAACUGAAAUGGACUGAUGUAUACAUAU